CCGCCCCCCACUCUCGCCUGCCGCCUGCGCCCGCAUCUGCUCACCACACCCUAUCACACUCGCAUAGCACCCACACAAUGACCCGCGGCCGCAGAAAGGACAUGACCAUACCCCCCUCCCGCGCGCUCCUCCAGCAGCGCGACUACCGCGCCCGCAAGGCCCAGUACCUCGCAGACCUCGAGCACCGCGUCAAGAAGGCAGAAGAAGAGAACAUGGUCCUCCGCCAGGAGGUCGACUCCCUCCAGGCGAAGCUCAAGAACGCCGCUCCGCCACCGGCACAGUCGCCAUACGGUCCCGAAGUGCUCACAGGAUAUCCUCCACAGGCCGCAGCGUCCUCGGACCUAAUGCACCACCUCGCCGUAGCAUCUGCAUCCAUAACCCGCUUCCAGCAGCUCGCCUUCUACCCAGGCCCAGCGGGCACCGCGCCCGGAGGGCACCACGUCAACCGCACACCCAUAACGCUCGCCACCCCAACAUACACACCCUCGCCCGGCGCGCCGCCACACUCGCACAAGCUCAGCGUCUCCCCGCGCAUCGAGCUCCCGCCCCUCGCCACCCCCGACCGGCCGCCAUCCGACCGCGAGCGCGCCUCAUAUCGCGAGCCGCUGCCCUCCGUGUACCCGCACCGCUCGCUGCCGAGCUCCGUCAUGGGCCCGGCGCCGCACCACACGCACUCGCACUCGCACCGAUACCCCGGGCCGAAGGACCCCGACUGCUGCGGGGGGUACGUCGACUGCCGCGACCUCGUCGAGGAGGAGGACGACGAGGACAGCGACGAGGAGAUGGAGCUCGACGAGGCGGAGCGCGCGCGCUCGCGCUUCACGCAGCGCAUGUCUGACGUGCGCUCGUCGCGGUCGUCCUCGGGCCCGGAGGACCACGCGCGCCCGCGGUGA